AUGGCGCUUGAUCACGGCGUACUCGAGAACUUGUUCGGCCGGUUUGUCGCCUACCUUGGCCGCCUGGCUGACCAGAUUUCAGCAGAAGGUGUCUCGGCCACCAUGGAGCGCGCGUCACCAGAACGGGUCCAUCUGCACGCUUAUCUUCAUCUAUCAACUGCCUUCCAUCGGCGUGGUCAGGAUGCCCUCAACAUCUUUGCCUUCGAAGGCGUGCGGCCGCAUGUGACACCAAAUACCGCGUCCGGCAAGACGUACACAGGUGCUGUGCGAUUUGGUCAUUUUUAUGUCGUCGCCGACAAACUUGGAACUCUGUUCAACUACACCAACUACCCGCCCUUCAAAGCCUACGGCGUGGAGGGUUGGUGGUUGGACAACCUCUUGAAGGCCGGCAAGCUUUCCCGCAAGGCGUACCUGAAGAUGGCAGCGCAAGUGACGGUGGGCUUUCAGAAGCGGCUCGCAGAUUGUAAGGCUGCUGAGCGCUACCUGCGUGAUGAAGCGCUCCAGGACGCCAUCUGUGCUCAUGCGAAGGCGCUGGAGCCAGCAACCCUGCCCAUGAAGUCGUUUCCGGUGAUCGAGGAGUUUGUGGCCUGUCACGAUGGGAGCUCUCGGUUUCGACGCCCAAUUUUGGCAAUUGUGGGCAAGUCACUGGAGUCUGAGCAGAUGGACCUGGCAGAGUUUGACCGCAGGAUUCAUGCCGGUGUCAUUUUGGACGGGGUUGGAGACGCUCUGUUCCUGAAGCGGCACCGUGAAGCCUUGCAAGGCCGUCCGAAGAUGGUCAAGGAUGCAAAGUCCGCGACCAAUGUGUACUCCUAUGCCUACUCGUUCUGUGGACGUGCAGUAGUGGCGACUUUUGAUUUGUCCGCACAGAACUUAGGUGAGCUUGAGAGUGACCAUUGGCUUUGCAACCGGGACAAUGUACGGCUGCUGAAACUUAACGAAACAGCCUAUGUAGAGCCGGCAGACGUGUACUUGGAUUCGCCUCCGGCCUACGCAGCCCGCGCUGAUCAGCGCAAGCGGCGCUGGAUUGGUUCACCGCCCCGUUGCGCGGCCCUGUUUCCGGGUCCGUAA